AUAAAGGAAGAAAAGCUGCGGGGGGCGUUGAAGUUUCUCCUCUUCUUCCGCUGGUCUUUCCGUUCCCUGCCGCUCCGCCUUUAGUCUCCCUCGAAAGAAUGUCCUUCGCCCGAUCCUCCUCCGGCUUCGGUUCCAGGAGCAGCGAUCCCGUCGGUCGGAGCACUGCGGUCUCGCGGUAACCGGAGCUCGGCAAUUCCCUGCGGGCGGGAAACUCCCCGGGUUCGGAAUUGUUGGGAAUUUAGGAGGGAGGGGAGGACGAGGGCGACGAUUAAAUGAAAUGGUGGCGAUAGGGGAGAUGGCGCUCGGGUUCCUCCUCCCGUCCUGGUGGGAGGUCGAGGUAUCCGUUGCUGCUGCUCUCUUCGCGAUCAUUGUCUGCUCAUUCUUCCUCGGCUUUUCUACUGGUGAAGGCGUGGGCAGCUGCGCCGGCGAUGACGAUCCGCAGGACCUUCUGCUCGGUGCGGUUGCUCCUGGAGACAGAGAUAAGGAGAUGGUUCAACUGAAAGUGGGAUCACAGGGUUCAUCUGCAUAUCUCAUCAAGUUGGAACUCUUGGCAGCAAAAAAUCUAAUUGGUGCUAACAUAAAUGGCACAUCAGAUCCCUAUGCCAUUAUUACUUGUGGUACUCAGAAAAGAUUUAGUUCUAUGAUUCCUGGUUCACGGAAUCCAAUAUGGGGGGAGUGGUUUAAUUUUUGUGUGGAUGAGCUUCCUGCUGAGAUCAAUGUGACAAUAUAUGAUUGGGAUAUUAUAUGGAAAAGUAUGGUUCUUGGGUCUGUAUCAGUUCCGGUAGAAAGUGAAGGUCAGACAGGAGCACUAUGGUAUACUUUGGAUAGUUCAUCUGGUCAGGUUUGUCUCCUCAUCAAAACAAUAAAGCUUCCUGUGAAUGCCGCUGGAGCUAUGAAUGGUUUUGCUGGAGCUGUUGCUCGGAGGAGGAUUUCUUUGGAUAAGCCAGGUCCGACAGUGGUUCAUCAGAAACCGGGACCAUUACAGAUGAUAUUUGACUUGCCACCUGAUGAGGUUGUUGAACAUAGCUAUUCAUGUGCACUUGAGAGAUCAUUUUUAUACCAUGGGCGUAUGUAUAUUUCAGCGUGGCACAUUUGCUUUCAUUCUAAUGUAUUCUCUAAGCAGAUGAAGGUAGUUAUUCCAUUUGAAGUUGUUUAUGAGAUAAAAAGAAGUCAGCAUGCUUUUAUUAACCCUUCCAUCACUAUAGUACUUUGCACUGGUUCUGGUGGACAUGGCGUACCUCCUUUAGGUGGCACUGAAGGAAGAGUUCGAUAUAAGUUUGCAUCAUUCUGGAACAGAAAUAAUACACUUAGAGCUCUACAACGAGCAGCCAAGAACUUUAAAGAAAUGGAAGCAACUGAGAAAAAGGAGAAAAUACAGUCAGCGUUAAGGGCAAAAAAUAGCUCUGUUAGGAGCAGUGAUAAUGUCGAUGAGGCUUCAUAUGUUGACCUACCCAAGGAUGAAGAGUCCCAGCCAUUCAUUAAAGAGGAAGUCUUAGUUGGUAUUAUCAAUGAGGAAUUCCCUUGUACAGCUGAAAAAUUCUUUGUCGAGUUAUUAGGUGAUAACUCCAAGUUCAUUCAUGAAUACCGCAAGGCAAGGAAGGAUACAAAUCUUAAGAUUGGCCCAUGGCACACUGCCAAUCAAUACACGGGACAGGUGAGAGAGAUAACAUUCAGAUCAGUUUGCAAUAGUCCGAUGUGUCCUCCAGAUACAGCUAUGACUGAAUGGCAGCAUGCCAUUCUGUCGACUAAUAACAUGAACCUGGUAUUUGAGUCGGUGCAACAGGCGCAUGACGUGCCUUUUGGAUCAUACUUCGAAGUACAUUCGAAGUGGGUCUUAGAAACAAAGUCAGACUCUGGCAUUCUGGCCAUCAAAGUUGGUGCACAUUUUAAGAAAUGGUGUGUGAUGCAGUCGAAGAUAAAAAAUAGUGCUGUCCAUGAGUACAAAAAAGAAGCAGAGCUGAUGUUAGAAGUGGCACGGGAGUAUCUGAAGUCUUUGACUUCCAGGGAAGGUUUGAACGGCAUUUCCAGUGAAGGCGACCCAAAUACCUGAUUCUGUAAAGAUUAAGAGCAAAAGCUUAUUCCGUGUACACAGGCCAUCUUUCUGCCUGUCCCCUCUGCUGGAAGCAGCUUGCUGUUUGUAGUAUGUAUAUUUUUCAGGGGAUGUGCAUCUAUAUGUGCCUUUCAUGGUUCCAUUUGGAACUUGAUAAGGUUGGAAUUUUGUAUUUUUACUGGCCUUGCCCUUCCUGUAAAAACAUUAUAGUGAUGUCAUAUAAUGAACCAAUAAUUAGAAAUACUAUUCAGAAA